UUGAAACACCUUUACAUUGAAAAAAAUGUUUAAGUUGCAACCAAUUCAAUAUUAUUAGAUACUGCUAUUAACAAAUCGACCAAUUAAAGAUAUACUCUCUAAACUAAAAAAAGAAGCCCUAACUGAUUCCAAAUCUCCGAAAAAUACACCUGUAUUAACUCGUGAUUCUUCCUAAAUAUAGAAAUUUAUUUUAAGCUAAAACCUUUCACUAAUAACAACCUAAAAACAUCUUUAAUUAUUAAGACAACAACGACCACCCAAAGACGCAUAGAAAAUAAAUUCACCUACUGUAAAGAAAAACAACACACAGCAAUCAAUCAAAGAAAGCAGACACAUCUUCGAGAUCAAACAAAACCAAUCUCAUUCAUCGUCGCCUUCUCAACAUGGCCGGAAGGGCAGCAAUGCUCGUUAACCUCGGGACGGUUGUAAUGACCGUUUUGACCCUGGCUAGUUUUGUCGAAGGCUUCGGUGUGAAUUGGGGUAAUAUCGCAUCACAUCCGCUGAAUCCUGAUAUUGUUGUUAGGAUGCUUAAGGAGAACAAGAUCAAUAAAGUGAAGCUUUUUGACGCUGAUUCAUGGACGAUGAAUGCUUUGGCCGGUUCGGGCAUGGAGGUUAUGGUCGGAAUCCCUAAUAACCUUCUUGAAACUCUAGCUGAUGAUUACGGUAAUGCUAAAGAUUGGGUCAAAGAAAAUAUCACUGCUUACAUGCGCAAGGAUGGCGUCAACAUCAAGUACGUGGCUGUGGGGAACGAGCCGUUCUUGUCAGCAUACAAUGGAUCAUACUUGAAAACAACGUUUCCAGCUUUAAAGAACAUUCACAGAGCGUUGAAAGAGGCCGGACAUACCGAUGUAAUGAAAGCCACGAUCCCACAAAACGCUGAAGUUUACGAAUCAGCUAACGACAAGCCAUCAGAAGGCGAUUUCCGCAGCGAUGUUAAGCAAAUAAUGCUCGACAUCGUCAAGUUCUUCCAUGAUAAUGAUUUGCCUUUCACCGUCAACAUUUACCCUUUCCUUAGUCUUUAUCUGAACCAACAUUUUCCCGUCGAAUAUGCGUUUUUCGAUGGUAAUGGUCAGACCAUUCCUGAUAACGGAAAGAAUUACGAUAACGUGUUUGAUGCGAAUUACGACACGCUGGUUUACGCGUUGAAUAAAGCUGGGAUUAAAGAUAUGAAGAUUAUCGUUGGAGAGGUUGGGUGGCCAACGGAUGGUCAUAAAUAUGCGACGCCGAAGCUAGCAGAGAAGUUCUAUGCAGGACUUAUGAAAAGACUUGCUAAGGAUGUUGGGACUCCACUGAGACCUGAGAAAUUAGAAGUUUAUCUCUUUGGUUUACUCGACGAAGACAUGAAGAGUAUUCUUCCUGGACCGUUCGAAAGACAUUGGGGAAUCUUCAGAUACGAUGGAACACCGAAGUUUAUGCUAGAUUUCACGGGACAAGGACGCAAGAUCGUACCCGUGGCAGCGAAAGGUGUGCAAUACUUAGAUAAGCAAUGGUGCGUUGUGAACAAAGACACGAUCAAUCUAGAUGAAGUUGGUCCGGACCUAGACUAUGCGUGUUACCAUGGUGACUGCACCGCCAUGCUUUACGGGUCCACAUGUAGUAACCUCGACAAAAUCCAAAACAUAUCAUACGCAUUUAACAUGUUUUUCCAGAUUCAGGGCCAAGACGUUAGGGCUUGUGAUUUCAGAGGAUCUGCUAUGAUUACUAAGAACAAUGCAUCCGUUGGAAGUUGCUUGUUCCCUAUUCAGAUCGUCAGUGGAAGUGGCGAUUUCAGGAUCAGCUAUGUGUUCGGAAGAUUUAUUGUCGCUGGACUUAUUCUUCUUGGAUUAGUUGCGGCUAUAUAAUUUGUUUGUUUGUUUGUUUUUUUCACACUUUUGGGGUAUUUAUUAUAUUCCGUUAAUUGUUAUAUAUUUUUCGUUUGAUAACAUUUGAAUUAGUACUCCUUUAUGUUUAAUAGAUUGACAUAAUCAAAUCAUAUCUCAUUUGUAAUUAAUUACUUUUUCGUUUGAGUUUCAACUGCAUGCUAAGAUUUCACAUUCAUUCAAAAAAACAAAAAGAGUUUCAAUUGUAUUCACAAAAUCUAGUUGAUAAAAAAAAUAUAAUUGUGCGCUUUAACCGUUGCACCAAAUUGUUUAUUUAUCAUUUUUGAAUCAUAAUUAAACAGAUAUUUACAUCCAUUGUGUUCUAGAUAUAAAAUUUAUUUAGCAGGCUUUGUGUCAUCCAAGGGAAUUAAAGACAUUGACAUGACGAUAAAUGUGGGUUGGUGAGAGUACUAAAUGCUAUCCAAAAGAAAGAUGUCUAUUUUUUAUUGGUUUUCAGAGAUGUCUUCAUAUUUUUUUAUUAUGCUGUAUAAUUUUUUCACUUUAACAAUAUGAGUUAUUGACAUGCUUACAUAACUUUUGUUUAUGUAGUUGUUCACAUAAUAGUUUUAACAAAACCAAACUAUAUUUUUUUUGUUCUCGACUUGUUAUUAAUUAGGUUUAAACUAACUAGAUUUAAAAGUAGUAGUCUAGCAAAUGAGAUUAAUACAUACAAAUCUAUGAUAGUUUCAAAUGUAUUAAUACACAAAUAUUUAUUCUUGUACGAAAUGAUAAGCUGUGAUAAUUGUGUAGUCAUAUCACUGCCAGAUUUCAUGUAAUGAAUGCUGCUGCUGACCAUUCUACUUCUCUCCUUAUUCCUCUACAAUUCUCCUACUUUUACUUAAUUAUCUUAAGACUCAAGAAGGAGAAGGAGAAGGAUCUUUGUUCAAAAACAAAAAAGAGGAAGGAUCAAGAUUUGAGAGAGAUACUCGAGCUUCUAUAUUUUUUCCCCUUUUCAAUUUUGUAAUAUGGUAAUUUUGUCUUCACUAUAUGCUAUUAAGCGAGAUGUUUUAAUAUCUCUAGUCUUUACAACCUUGAUUUUAAUUUUGUCACGUUCAAGUUCGAUCCAAGCUGGAAGAUCCAACACUACAAAAAGAAAUCAUAAUCCGAGCGUUGGUCAAUUACAAUACUACAAGAAUCAUCACGAGUCUGUAACCGUGGAGAAGAUGUCAGUGUUUGAUAAAUUCAGGCGAGGAUCGUCUAAAGUUCGGAGAAAGAUUGUUGGCAACGAAGAAGAGAAGCGAUUUAUCCCCGCCGGUCCAAAUCCUCUUCACAACAAGUAGAUUAACGAGAGAUGCAAAACAUACUUCCCCUUCGUAUAUGUUAGUUUGAUUUUAAGAUUAAUAUUUUCUAAUAAAUAGAAAGCAUUUUUGCAAUA